AUGUUAAACCAAAAAUUGUUAUCGGCUGAAGGUUCAUCUAAACGCAACUUGCACUCUCAUGCACAUGUAUCUGUAUCAAGAGUAGCCACUCCUGCUCGCCUUAAUCACCAUCAGCCGGUUCCACAUGAACAGAAAUCAUCAACAAGUGGUAAAUCUCGUAUAAUAAUUCAUAGAACUAUUCGAUCAUCCGACAACACGAGUCGUUCAAUACAAAACAAAGCUAUCAAUUCCAAUGUCGAUGCAUAUUCAAUACCCACUAUUCUACCAGCUCGUGAUCGUCAAAAUACAGUAAAUCAUUCUGAUGUUAAUAUUAAUUCAAGUGAACACGUACAGAAUGUCUCACUAUCGUCAUCGUAUAAUGGUUGAUGUGCGUGGGCUUUAUGUUGUCCAUGUUUACCUCUAUCUUUACUUACUGCUAUUCUAUUAAGUACUGUUAUUGCUGCAGUGCUUGCAGGUAUUUUCAUUAAAUCAAAGACAACAAUAUCGACAUCUACAACUGGUAAAAGAAGAAAGAAAGAAUUUCAAAUUUGUUUCUCUGUUCUUAUGUUGAUUAAGAUGUCACGACGACAACGAUCAGUACUACUCUCACGACAACCACUGAAACAAGUAAAUAUUCGUGUUAAUACUUCUAUUUUAUCACAUUUUUCUUUUGAUAAAGCUACAACAUGUACUACACCAACUAGUACUGCGCUUUCUUAUAAUACUACUACCAGCGUUUAUACGUUGACAGCAUACAAUUAUACAGCUUCAUCCACAGGUUUUGCUGUACUUGAAUUUGGCUUUAGGGGACAAAAUAAUUAUUGGUAUCUAGACGAUGUUAGUCUUGUGGACACUAAUGCAUUGAAUUCAGAAAUGUUAGUUAAUGGUACUAUCGAGGGAUGGCAACUAUUAUGUACUUCAAAUUGUUUAUCAGCAGCAGGAGUCAUUACAUAUAAUACAUUAUGUUAUGCGGGCUUAUUUUGCUAUACAGAUGGCUGUAAAAGUGGAUUUGAUUUUCUACGACAAGAAUUUAGUACAACAAUUGGACAUAUCUAUACACUUAGUUUUUGGAUAAGAACCGAUACAAAACCUCAACAAUAUGCAUUUGUUAGGUUCUUUUAA